UGUGAUUAGUUAUAUUGGGGCGUGUCAGGGCAACAAAAGCCAUUAUGGCCCUAAAAAAUCAGAUCGUAUUUAUUUAAGCGGCGGGCAUAAUAUUGCAAAAGUGUAUAAACUAUAUCAAGGCAAAGUUCCUAUUCAAAAUGUUUCAUACGAGUUCUAUAGAAAUGUUUUUAAUACUGUAAUUCAAUGUAUCCUUCGGGUAUCCUCGUAAAGACACCGGUACUGUCUGUGAUCAAUAUACUGCAACAACCGAUUAAGACUCCAACUAGAUGUUGGGCUAUUUACUUCUGACAGUUGCAUUGGUGCUAGUGGCAUUUCAUUUUUGGAAACGCCGUUACCUGCCUCCGGGUCCGUACGGUUUGCCCAUAGUCGGAUAUCUGCCAUGGUUGAACCCUAAAUCUCCCUACUUAACCCUCACAGAUUUGUCAAAAAAGUACGGCUCGAUUUAUGGUCUCAAUCUGGGUAGUGUCUAUACUGUGGUACUAACCAAUCCCAAGACCAUCAGGACCACAUUCUCCAAAGAUGCCACCACCGGCAGAGCGCCUUUAUAUUUAACACACGGUAUAAUGAAAGGUUACGGACUAAUUUGCGCUGAAGGAAAUCUAUGGAAAGAUCAACGAAAAUUUAUUCACUCCUGCCUGAGAAAUUUGGGAGGCUCCAAAAUCAGCCCACAUAAGGGACGGAUGGAGGCUUUGAUUAUGAAACACGUUUUGGAAUUCGUCGAAUGGGCUAAAGAAACCAACGAAGAAUUUGUCGAUCCGCUAGAACCUCUACGUCAUUCCGUGGGAUCUAUAAUGAACACCAUCGUCUUUGGCAGGACAUGGUCAAGGGACGACGAGACUUGGAAAUGGCUUCAGCAUUUGCAGGAAGAGGGCAUCAAACAUAUUGGAGUUGCGGGGCCAUUAAACUUCCUGCCGUUCUUAAGAUUCGCGCCCACAUUCAACCGAACGAUGCGUUUCCUAAUCCAAGGCAAACUCAAGACCCAUCGGUUUUACCAAAAAGUGAUCGACGAAGAACGGGUAUCGAGCAGUGGACCCGACGGGAACCUUGACACCGAUACUUACACCAAUUUGAUACAAGGUUUUCUUAUUGAAAGAGAAAAAAGACGGGACACGGACGACUUUGGUCGGUAUUACAGCGAUCAGCAGUUUUAUCACCUACUAGCCGAUGUAUUCGGAGCAGGGCUGGACACCACGCUCACAACGCUACGGUGGUUUUUGCUAUAUAUGGCUACUCGCCCCGACCUGCAACAGAAAGCUAGAGAUGAGAUAUCAACAGUCUUAGGAGACAGCCUUCUGAGUUGUGAAUGUCAAUCCAAGCUGCCAUUUGUCGAGGCGUGUAUCGCUGAGACCCAAAGGAUAAGAUCUGUAGUUCCUUUAGGCAUUCCUCAUGGCACUGUAUCCGAUAUAGAAAUAGAUGGUUACCGAAUACCCAAGGGAACAAUGUUGGUACCCUUACAAUGGGCGAUACACAUGAACGAUGUGGAAUAUAAGAAUUCCAAUGAAUUUAAUCCUUACAAUUUUUAUAAAGACGGCGUCUUUUUGAAACGGGACAAUUUUAUACCUUUCCAAAAUGGUAAGAGGAUGUGCGUAGGAGACGAACUGGCGAGGAUGAUGUUGUUUUUAUUUUGUUCGGUUACUUUGAUCAGCUUCAAGUUGGGGCUGGACGACAAAGGAGAGCCUAACUUGGAAGGCGAAUGUGGCAUUACUCUUACACCCAAAUCGUAUCGGCUGAAAUUUAUUUCGAUAUAGUCACAAAAAUGUAUAACUUAACCAUCAACUUCCUGUAUUUUUUUUCAAAAAAGUUAUUUUGGAAUAUUAUUUUAUAAAUAGUCUUUGUGAUCAUUACAGCAUUUUUCAAAUAAACAUU